AUGAAACUGAGAGACAAAAAGCUGAUAAUUUUUCGCCUCUCACGUAACGCGGAAGAUUGGGACGUCUAUAGGCAACUUAGGAAUUCUAUAAAAACAUCUUUAAGAGCAGCAGAGUCCAACUUUGUCCGGAAUCAAAUUGAGGAAUAUAAAGGUAAUUCAAGAUCUAUGUGGAAAGUGAUUAGGGGGUGUCUGCCGAGCAAAGAUUCAGAAAAACCCGUUUACCAGAAAGACAACAAAAAAUUAGCCAAUGAAUUUAAUGAAUAUUUUGCUUCUGUCGGGAUCGAGAUUGCAGCCGACAAGGUCAAGAGACUUGCGGAAGUUAACAACAUUCAGAUAGCAACUGCUUUACCACCUGCAAGACACCGAUCUUCUCUUGAUCUGUUUGAAUUUAGGGACCGGUCAUUAUUUAUGGAAAGGGGGAGGGGAAUUUUUUCUUUCCUAAUUUUUUAAAAUUGAAAGCCCCCCUUAAAAGAGCAGAAAUUUAUUGAUGACCCCCCCUACAUAUUAGAAUAAUUUUCUUUGACCCCCAUUUUCAUUUCUACUCGACAAAUGGGGAUACCCAGGCGUUAUAAUGUUAAUUAUUAAUUAAAUAAGAAUAUGGAGCUGACAAGACAUUAACGUCGACCAAAAAUAUAUAUUAGCAGAAUCGAAAAUUAUAAAUAAAAGAGGGGUAUUUUCAUAUAUAACUCUAAAAUCAGGUUUCCAUUUGGUCUGGGCGAUUGUAACCAUGUUUAACGGCAGAGAAUUAAUAUUAGAGUUUGGUGGCAGGUGCCGUUUGUGGUCCAAGGCUGUAACUAGAUUUGAUGGCACAAAGUCAAAGUAUUGCCAUAGCAGCUGCGUAGCAAUGAGAGUAACAAUCAGUAAUAUUAGCAGCAAAAGGAGAUGGCCAUGACAAUUCUGGCUAUUCUGCCAAGGCAUACCUCCGGCACCAGUCACACUGACAAGUCAGUGGAAACAAAAUAUAAUGUAUAGUGGUCUAUACAUCCUAUUUUUAGUGAGAUUAAAAAUUAUAUAAAAUAAAAUGACAUACUAGUACUACCAGAUAAAAUCCUCUAGAAUAAACAUGGGUGGGUGGGGUGGGUAGGGGAAAGGUAUCUAGACGCUAAACUUGCUGCAGCUAGGCAAAGCAUACAAUGGCAGUAUGAAUACCCACACCGAAACACUGAUCACAAGGCGCGAAACAACCCCCUUUAAUCGAUAUGACGUCACAGACCCCCAUCAGUGGAUGUGGCCUGCAUAACACAUCCACUGUUAACCUUGCUUAAAUGUAUUUAACCACAUCAAGAUAGCUGAUGUAAUAAUACAUUGUCAAUUUAUCUCUGCAAUCAGUAAAGACUGAUUUGCAUACAGCACACAGAAGACAAGAUAAAUCCUGACUAUUUCACAUCAGUGACCAUGAUUUAGUCGCAAUUACAACCAAAUAGAUACCAUGCUUAUUAAGCAAAUUCCUUCAAAUUUAAUUGCCAACCUCCCCUCAUUUUCUUGAAAAAAAUUAAUAGCCCCCCCUUCUAGUAAUUUAUUUAUACAUAUGCCCCACCCCCCUCAUUUUCCCCCUCCCCCCUUCCAUAAAUAAUGGCCGGUCCCUUAGAACAGCCACACCUGAUGAAGUUAGAACAAUUAUUUUAAAUAGUCCAUCAAACAAAGCUCCAGGUGCCGAUAAGAUAAAUAGUUUGUCAAAAAUAUGCGACAAAGUCGCACUGAAUCAGUAUUCAGAACAUCUAACAAACCACAGAUUAUUAACGGAGCAUCAAAGUGGUAACCGGAAAAAACGUUCUACCCAAACACUUAACAUUGCAGUGACAGACAUGUUGUUGGAAGCUAUGGAUAAUGAACAGUUAUCUAUAGUUAUAUUGUUGGAUAUGUCGAAAACCUUCGAUAGUGUUGAUCACAACAUGCUUCUUCAAAGAAUUCUAAACCUAGGCGUAUCUUCUGCCGUGCAUAAGUGA